CUUAAGCAAUAAAAUAAGUAUCAUAUAAAGGAGGAAUUAAAAACAACUAGCGGAACCAAUAUAAAGCUGCUUUGUUCCUCUUCGGAUUGUUUAUUAAGAAGGGCGCGCUGGUUUCUGUCGGUCCCUCGGAGCUUCCUAUAGUUUCGUAUUCUGUUUAGUUAAACUGCCAUUAUUUAAACUUUGAAGGAUGACAUGGCUACGAACGAGCUUGUUGCCUUUAGGGAACGCUGGGAACAAGAACUAAAGGGCAGAAGAGAAGAGAAUCGACUCGUUCGUUCGCCUUCCUCUUCCUCCAGGGAUGAUCCUGGUCGUUCAGGACUGAGAGACGGAAAACCUAGUUUAAAACUAGAGGAUCCAGGCUGCAGCGAGAAGGAGGGAAUAAUCUGUGGUCGAACCGCUUCUGCGGAGGUAGAAGAUCAGCCUCAGUAUGUCUCCAUUGCUCACAGCCUGUUGGAUGGGAGGACCAGUCCCCUGCUGGACAGGAUCGAGAAGGAGAGAACGAAUAGAAAAAGGCUGUAUCAUAAAAUGAGCAACAUGUGCACUUCAUCCCUGCAGAGGCAGCCUCAGAGGAAGGUGAAGAAAGAAGAGGAGCUUGUGGAUCAACUCAUUCAGGAUCUGAACGAAGUCAACGACAUUCCUUUCUUUGACGUUGAGUUACCCUACGAAUUGGCCUUGAAGAUAUUCCAGUAUCUCAACUGUGCAGAACUUGGCCGCUGUGCUCAGGUGAGCAGGGCAUGGAGAGUCCUCGCAGAGGAUGGCGUUCUAUGGUUCAGGUUGUGCCAGAGGGAGGGUUACCACCAGGAUGCCAGCGUCUCCAACUCCCCCUGUUGGAAGAGCACUCUGCGAGACUGCAGGAGCGCGGCCAGGAGUGUCCGCUCCAACUGGAAGAACCGAGUGGGGUCCGUCAGCCAGCUGCAGUUCGAGUUGGGCAAGAUUCUGUGUAGCGUCAGCUCCUGUGACAACUUUGUUUUGGCUGGGUACACAUCUGGUGAUGUGAGGCUUUGGGACACGCUGCACUGGGACUCAACAUCAUCCUACCUCAAGUCCAACAGUCUGUCAGCGAACACACACCCUAGACCGCACGUCAGCCAUGUUCAGAUCAACAGCGCAGUGGCUGCUGCUUCAUAUGAGGAUGGUUGUGUAGACCUGUGGAGCACAGAAACAGGCGGAGAGCCCAUCCACCACUACCAGAUUGCAGGGAGGAUUCAGGCUCUGGGUCUGAGCCCAGACAGUCCCGUCCUGGUUUCAGCCACAGGAUCAAAUGUUCGGCUGGACAGCGCCAACGACUGUGGAUACUGGAGGACUGUCUGUGAGACUCGGCUACCCAAAACAGUAGACAGCCUGACUCUGGUACCCAAUCGGGUAGAUCAGUCCCCGAUGGUGGUUUUAGCAGCUGGAGAAGACGUCUACUUGUUGAAUCCUCAGGAGGAGGAGCCAAGGACUCUGCACUCUGUUUAUGGUCAUCCUGUAACCUGUUUGGAUGCAUCUGAUACCCUCGCUGCUUUUGGGGUGAAGCGCACAGGCUGGGCAAUGCAUGAUGGAGGCAAUAAGAUUCACGUUUACAGCCUGGAAACGGGGAAGCCAGCGGUUUGUGUCGGCAGCUCGCCGGGAGAUUUCACUUGCAUCAACCUGAGAGACAGCCCCCCCCAUCUGUUGGUGUGUGGAAACAAAGACAGGAGAGUGAGGGUCUUUGACCUCAGAUCCGGCUCCUCUGUGGUGUCCCUGUAUGCCCACCACCUGGGCGUCACAUCAGUGCAGGCGGAUGAGUGGAAGAUUGUGAGCGGUGGAGGCGAAGGUCUGGUGUGUGUUUGGGAGAUGAGGAUGGGAACUAAGCUUUGGGAGAUGCACAACAGGCAUCCUGUUAGGCACCUUCGCUUCAACGCCAACACCCUGCUGACGGCCAACAUCCCUGAUGACAAGUCGCCACGUGGGGCCUGCAUCACCGACGACGACCUCACAGCUCACCGCAGACACAGAGGAGUCAUCUGCCAUUACGACUUCUCCGAGGACGCCCUGUCACAGGAUCACGUCUUGCCCAUCUGCAGGUCCGACUACAUUGACUCAUACGGCUACAACUACAACAUUAACCUGACGGUGCCCUACGACAGGCUGUCUGGCUCCCAGCCAUCUCACUGAAGGCUGCAAACAAAACACUGACUGCAGAGCGGAUCGGACAAGAGAUGCCUUUAUCUGUCUGAUUCACAAACUGCUCCAUUUUAGUUAGCUUUUACUAUCCUUGUAAAGACAAAUGGUUUUGGAAAUGUCCUCCUUUAGGUUUUUAUUUUAGAUUCAAACAUAUCAAUUUCUAUAAGACUGUUUAAAAUAUUACCGUACAUUGAUUUGUUUU